GGUGGAAGGGAAAAGAAAAAACCAGAGGCAUGCAAGCGGCUCCCUAGCCAGCUGUUCCAGCUGCCGCUUCCUCCGACGCGGGCCGGGCGGUGCAAUAUUCCACCCCCCCCUCCAUCUUUCUCACCACUACCUGUCCCCCCACCCACCAUACGCACACAUUCCCCCCACCAGUAGCGGAUCUCCGGCCUGUAAGGGGGUAGUAGGGAGGAGCUGGGGGGAGGGGGAGGCCUGCGAGUUUCUAACCUUGUUCUUAUAAACAAACCCACAUGUGCAGCUGCCGCUGCUGCAACUCACCCCACAAUCCCGGAUAUAAGUCCUGCCCCUUUAAGAGGAAAAAAAGCUUCCCCCUCCUGUCUCCCACCCCACCCAUCCACAAGGACCUUUGUCUCCCCACCCCCCUUGUCAAUCGGCCCCGCCUCAUAUCCCCGCCCUCUCCGACGCGGAGGAGCCAAUGGGCUAAGAAAAUAAGGCCGGGGCUGACGUAAGCAUGUCCGGCCAAUCACAGGACGCGUUGGUGGGAGGCCUCUCGCAGGGCGCGCCAGGAGGAAGCAAGGCAGGAGAAAGGAAGCUUGAAGUCAAGAUGGAGACUGCUGCUUGCUCCGCCGCCGCGGCGAAUGGGGCCGUGGGGUCGCAGCGGGACCGGAGCCUGGUGCCUGAGCGGCUUCAGAGACGAGAGCAAGAGCGUCAACUGGAGGUGGAAAGGCGGAAGCAAAAGCGGCAGAACCAGGAGGUGGAGGAGGAGAAGAGCGACUUUUUCGCUGCCGCCUUCGCUCGGGAGCGAGCGGCCGUGGAAGAGCUUCUGGAGGGCGGAGAAUCCAUGGAGCGGCUGGAGGAGGCGGCCGCUCGGCUCCAGGGCCUGCAGAAACUUGUCAACGACUCGGUUUUGUUUCUGGCCGCCUACGACCUGCGGCAGGGACAGGAGGCGCUGACGCGGCUACAGACGACCCUGGCCGAGCGGCGCCAGGAGCUGCAGCCCAAGAAGCGUUUCGCUUUCAAGACCCGGAGGAAGGACGCUGCUUCGGCCGCCAAAGUAGACUCCGCUCCUGGAGCCCCGGCGGCGGAAGGCAUCCUGGCCUCCCCGCCGCCCUUGAAGGAGGAGGGAGGCAUCGGCUCCAGCUGGGUCUUCGGCUUCUCCAACGUGGAGUCCCAAGUCUUGGAGAAGAGGGCAGAGGAGCUGCACCAGCGUGACGUUCUUUUGACCGAACUGAGCAAAUGCACAGUCAGACUGUAUGGCAAUCCCAACACCCUGCGGCUGGCCAAAGCCCGAAGUUGCACGGUGCUCUGCGGCCCAGUGUCCACCUCUGUGUUCUUGGAGGACUGCAGUGAUUGCGUGCUGGCCGUGGCCUGCCAACAGCUGCGCGUACACACUACGAGAGACACCCGCAUCUUCUUGCAGGUGACCAGCAGGGCCAUCGUGGAAGACUGUAGCGGGAUCCAGUUCGCCCCUUAUACCUGGAGCUACCCGGGUAUCGACAAGGACUUCGAGGGCUCUGGUUUAGAUAGGAGCAAAAAUAACUGGAACGACGUCGACGAUUUUAACUGGCUGGCCCGGGAUAUGGCCUCCCCAAACUGGAGUAUUCUUCCUGAAGAAGAGCGAAUGGUCCAGUGGGACUAAGAGGUUGUCACUAUAUUCUUCACUCCUACCAAAUACUUCCCAUGUGGGACCGACUCCUGCUACUGGGAUCUCAAAGUUUACUUACUGUUACCACGCUUUGUAUGUUUUCGGUAUUUUCAGCCUUGAGAUUGUGUUAGGCUCCUACUUGUGAUUUCCGUUAAAUUCACAACAGGUCUAACACUUUGAAGCAUUUUUGCUCUUCUGGUAAUGUGUAGUAGCUUUAAUUAAUUGACUAUGAUAGUUUGAAACAGAGGUAAAGAGUGUCCGUGUAUGUUGGUUGUUAAUGCUUUGUGUAUUUAAAACUUACUGCAUGAUAAAGUAGACCCUCAAUAAAUACUUAAUAAAUGAA